AUGUCGGAGGAGACUGGCGUGGGAUCGGCGCCGGCCACCAGGAAAAAACGUGUGCGGCAUCACCGCCCGAAGAGGAAAGGCUCCACCGCCGUGGAAGCGGUCGAUGAUUCCCACAGGUCGCUGGAGGAAGACGCCGAGGAUGUGGCGGUGGAGAAAACAACUGAAGUCCCCGCAGCAGCAACAAAAGAAGAAGGGGCGGGGCGGCGCGUGAAAAAGGCCCGCCCGGAGUUGCCUUCCCAACAGGAGGAGAAUGCGGAAGAGGAAAAACAGGAGCGGUCCGUAAACCCGGAUGACGCAACGAGGGCUCCGAAGCAGCGGGAAAGGGCCCCAUGUGUAUCCGAUUACAAGGCACUGAAUUUGAAUCCACACAUUGUCACGGCCCUUGAGAACGACUUCAAAUUUGGGGAGUUGACGGGCAUUCAGGGACGAUGUGUUCCCGCCGCCCUCAGCGGUCGGGAUCUUCUAGCCGAGGCAAAGACCGGGUCCGGUAAGACACUUGCAUUCCUCAUUCCAAUCGUGGAGAUCAUAUCGCGGGCAGGGUUUCGAGCAAAAAAUGGUACCGCCGCUGUCAUCAUUGGCCCCACACGUGAACUCUGCCUGCAGAUUGAGGGCGUGUUGCUGAAGCUGCUCAAGCAUUUCAAUGGAUCUAUCACCUUUCUCUGCUGCAUUGGAGGCCAAAGCCGCAACCAAGAGGCCUUUAAACUUGUAAAUGGUAUGAUGAUAGUCAUUGCUUCUCCCGGACGUCUUUUAGACCAUUUGAAACUCACCACCGAUUGGCUCACGAAGAAUCUUCUUGUUUUAGCCGUGGAUGAGGCAGAUCGUGUCUUGGACAAUGGCUUUGAGGAAGAUAUGCGCGAGAUUGUCUCUCUACUGCCCAAAAAGCGUCAGACUUUUUUGUUUUCUGCCACUCAGACAACGCGGGUGGAGCAACUGGCACGAAUAUCGUUCUACCGACCUCCACUCUUGAUCUCAAUGAAGCGUCGGGAAGAAAAGGCAACGGUCGACACACUUGAACAGGGAUAUGUCAUGUGUCCAUCUGAGCAGCGACUGCUAGUCCUGUAUCAUUUUGUGAAGCGUAAUUUAAAGAAGAAGAUGAUUGUCUUUUUUAGUAGUCGAAACGCCGUUAGCUUCCACUGUGAGUUGUUUAAUUACAUUGACGUUCCGUGUGUGGCUUUUCAUGGAAAGCAGAAACAGCAUCAACGUUCGGCAACAUACAUGCAGUUCUGCAAUGCGCCUAGUGGAGUGCUCUUCACAACAGAUGUGGCCGCUCGUGGCUUGGACAUCCCUCAUGUAGAUUGGAUUGUGCAGUUUGAUCCCCCAGAUGAUCCCGUGAAGUACGUGCAUCGUGUGGGUCGUACAGCACGCGCUGGACGUUGCGGAAAUGCACUCAUGUUUCUUCUUCCUCAGGAGAAACUAUUCCUUAAAUAUCUAUACGAUGACGCACAUGUCACGGUGAGCGAGUACACCUUUGACCUCAGCAAGGUGAAGCAGGGUGUGUGUGAGCAGCUGGAGCAGCUUGUAAGCACCAACUAUUACCUUCGCACUUCUGCCCGCCAGGCCUACGAGGGAUAUCUCCUCAGUUACAGCAGCUCGCAGCUCAAGAAUGUAUUUGACAUCCACAAUCUUGACUUGGCAGCUGUGGCGAAAGGGUUCGCGUUGAGUGAGCCCCCACCGCUGAAGUUGGACCUCUCGCAAUCCGCGGCGCAUAUGAGCAAAAAGUCACGUCGUGAAUUCCGCCACAUGAAGGAGACCAAAGACAAGAGGCGUCGGGCAGUGAAUGAGGAGACCCUGAAGAAGCGCAAAUCGAACAUUAGUGGAGAGUGGUGA